CAGUUGUGGGCAAUGAGUGAUUGUAGUCGUUCAGCGGAUAAGCUGCCCCGUAUUUAUAGCCCAAGUUAGGCGUCGCUAGCUCUGCUCCUGUCAAGCCUAGCAGCGCUGGCGAUAGUGUCCACUUAAUUAUUCGUGUUAACAGCAUUUGGGCUUCAAAACAACGUAGUCCACAACAAAGAACAAGACGCAAACUGGAAAGGUUCGCCGCAAUGGCAGCACCCCGGAGGCCUUAUCGGCAAAUUAUCGACGGCGUACCCCAUAGCCCCUGGGUGGACCCGGACGCGUUUCGGCGCAGCCUGUCGUUCCGUGCCUCCAAAGGUGACUUCGUGCAGAGCUCGUACCCCAAGAGUGGCACACACUGGGUGCAGUACAUCACCCAGCUGAUUCUCAAGGGCGGUGAGCCGAUCGACACCUACACCGAAUUCACCAGCAACACCCGCCUCAUCGAGUACAUGGCGGACGACAAGUGGACGCCCACGUUGCCCGUGCGAACGCUCAUGACUCAUCAGCCUCUCUGCCGGGAUACGAUGAACCAUGACGCCAAGUACGUCUACGUGGCCCGGAACCCCUGGGACGUGUGCGUGUCUAUUUUCCACAACAUGACCAACAUGAGCAUAUACCGUUUCCAGGACGGCACGUUCGAAGACAUCGUCGACCCUUUCCUGGAAGGAGACCUGGGCUACGGCAGUUACUUCGAACACGUCGCCUCGGGAUACGCCCUCAAAGACGAGCCAAACGUCUUCUUCCUGACUUACGAAGAGCUCAAGCGGGACACACCGGGGACGAUUCUGAGACUCGCUCACUUUCUGGGUGAAACCUACGGCAGGACGUUGGAACAGCAAGAAGGACUGCUGCAGAAGAUCAUCGAGCGUUCCCAGCCUGAGAACAUGAGGAAAGUGUUAGUGUUCAAUUUUCAAGGAAACGAGAACGCCGGCUGGAGAGAAAUGUUCGGCAGGAACGAUGUGUCUUGCAAGCACGGAUACGGCGGAGACAAGACCAAAUAUGGGCUCGUGAGGCAGGCCAAAGUUGGAGGCUGGAAGGAACACUUCACACCAGACCAGCUGGCGCGUUUCGAGAAGAAAAUACGAGACGUGGGGGACGAAGCAUCUUUCAUGCAGCUGUGGUCGGAUAUUCGUGAAGAAGCUCGGGCGCUGUCCGGCAUUUGAGUGUCAUUAGAGUACUGUUUUCUAUUGAUGCGAUGGGCGUGCAGAUGAAGCAAUAAAUAUAGUGUUUAUUUAUUUACGCGCGUACCCCCAUGUGUCGUCUGAAAAUGUGUUGUAAUGAAUGAGUGACUUUCUUCACCACAAUGUUCAAAGGAUUUAUAUGAUGCGGUUCUGAGUAAACGUCGCUCACAGGCAACUUGUCUGGCCCAAAACUCAUAUAAGGCACACACUUGAAUAAAAUCAAAGAAUAAAAAUACAGAAAUACAUAUCAAUAUACCAAUAUGUAUGUAGACAGAUCAAGAGAAAUAGUGCACUGGAAUACAAAGAAAACAUUUAGUCAGUACACAAUGGGAAAUAUCACAAAACCUUGUACAGAAGCAGUAUUGGUUAGUUAUACACGUCUUAUGGUACAGCAGGCGCCAAUAAACGUAGCAUGGAUGCAAUACUCAGAGUACAGGACAAACUAGGCGAGUGAUUAUAUAUCCUAGAGUACUUGCAUAAGGGCAAUGAAAAGAACGAAAAAUAAUUAUUCUGACUGGAAGCAGUUUCGUAGGCCGAGUAAGGACAUUACGCAUAGAUCAAUAUUUA